AUGAGAAACCUCCUCACUCUCUUCACCCUCGUUUGCCUUGUCUUGGGCUCCGUUUCCGGGCAGAAGUGUGGGUGCAAGAGGGGCGAGUGCUGCAGCAAAUUCGACUUCUGCGGCAACGACGACGCCCACUGCAGCACCAAUUGCUGGGCCGGGCCGUGCAAAGGCCGUAACAAAGUCAAAGUUGGUGAUGUUGUGACCAACACUUUCUUCAACGGGAUCCUCGCGAGUCAGCGCCCGCUCGGCUGCCUAAGGAAGGGAUUCUACAGCCACGCGAGGUUUCUCCUAGCGAUGGCCUCUUAUCCCACCUUCGGGACUAUUGGAUCCGUCGACUACUCCAAGCGGGAAAUCGCAGCCUUCUUUGCAUGA